UAUAAGAAACAUUUCUUCGUCGAAAAAGGAGACGACCAAAACAAAACAAAAGAAAGGGAAAGAAAAAUAUCAAACGAUGGAGACAGUGAAGGUUGAAACCAUUGGCAAAGAAAUCAUUAAGCCAUCAAAGCCUUCUUCCAAUGAUGUCCCAACUCUUCAACUCUCUAUUAUGGAUCAACUAAUCCCUCAGGUUUACGCCGUUGCAUUUCUUUUCUACACUAAAGAUGAUUUGAUCUCUCAAGAACAAACUUCCCAAACUCUCAAAACUUCCCUGUCCGAGACCUUGACAAAGUUCCACCCUUUCGCCGGAAGAGUCAAUGGUGUCACCAUCGACAGUACCGAUGAAGGAGCUGUCUUUGUGGACUCACGCGUCGAUGACUGCCUUCUCUCGGACUUUCUGAGAUCCCCAGACACCAAAUCUCUCCAACAACUGCUUCCUGUAAAUGCUGCAGAGCCCAUUCCCACAUGGCCAUUGCUUCUUGUGCAAGCAACCUACUUCAAGUGUGGUGGCAUGGCCAUCGGAGUCUGCAUGAGUCAUAAGCUCGGCGAUGCAGUCUCUAUCUCAAACUUUAUCCAAGCUUGGGCUGCUACAGCUCGAGGAGAGGGCGACUCGGUGGUCAGUCCUGAGUUUGGUUCCACAAAGAUUUACCCACCAGCGUCCGGGGCCAUUCAAGUUCCAGGGGAGGAUCAACUAGGUAAGAGAACAAGUAUCACAAAGAGAUUUGUGUUCGUAGCAUCUAAGAUCGAAGAGCUAAGGAACAAAGUCGCUAGUGACGCUGUCCCUCGACCCACUCGGGUUCAGAGUUUGACUUCACUUAUAUGGAAAUGUGUUGUGGCUUCAUCAACAGACACAACCCGUGAGAAAGCUCUGUACCAAGCGAAUAACUUGCGUCCCAAGAUACCCGCCGUUUUGUCGGAAAACCUAAUCGGUAACCCCUUGUUCUCCACCCUAACCUUGAAUGGGAAAGACAACUUGGAGACUGUACAAAUUGUCAAGGAACUAAAAAAAAGAUCCGAGGAGGUAUCUCAUUUGGUUCAAUAUGAGGAAGGGUCAGCAUCAAUGACUAUAGGUUUGAAAUUGCUUGGGGCAAUGGCGGAAACCAAGUUCAGCUAUGAGGUUUAUGACACACACGUUGUAUCUAGCUGGUGCAGGGUUGCUCUUUAUAAGGCUUGCUUCGGUUGGGGAUCUCCUGUUUGGGUCACUGGUAAUGUCUCUCCCAUCCUAGACAAUGUGACCGUGUUGGUCGACUCUAAGGACGGACAAGGAGUCGAAGCAUGGGUGACACUAGCUGAAGAUGAAAUGUUAUUGUUCGAACAGAACACAGAACUACUUGCCUUUGCCUCUCCAAAUCCAAGUGUACUAAUCUAAAUCUUUGAGUCAUAGUGACCAAAGAUGUCUAUUUCUUAUCUUCUUGUUAUUGUAACUUUUUAAAAUAUAUUUUCCAAAAUGUUCUGAAUAAGAUGUGACUUUUCCUUUGAAA